AUGGGUUUUUUAAGGGACACAUUGCUGCCACAACCAGAAUCUUAUUACAAGAAGAAGAGCUACAAUUUUGGUGAAGUUUUAGGAGAAGGUGCAUUUGGAAAGGUCGUACGAGCCGAGUGGGAUAACCAUCCAGAUGGAAAGCAGGACGUUGCCGUUAAAGUGAUUUCCAAGAAAAAGGCUCAGGGGAAUGAGAGUGCCAUAUUUGAUGAGACUAAUCUACUCAAACAUCUUAAUCAUCCCAAUAUCGUUUCUUUCUACGAGUGGUAUGAAUCGAGAGACACUUGGUACCUCAGUUUCCAACUUGCCACUGGCGGUGAGCUAUUUGAUAGAAUCGCUCGUAAGGGAAGGUUUACCGAGAAAAACGCUGCGACCGUUAUCAUGUCUAUUGUCGAUGCUACUGCAUAUAUGCACUCAAAUAAUGUCGUGCAUCGCGAUAUAAAACCUGAAAAUAUUCUCUACAAAAGUAAAGAUGCUGGCUCUGGCGUUGUUAUUGCCGAUUUUGGUAUUUCUCAGCGUUUAGACAGUCAUAACGCUCAAAUUACCUCACUUGCUGGCUCUGUCGGUUAUGCUGCUCCAGAGAUACUCAACAACGAUGCUCACAGUAAGCCUGUUGACCUCUGGGCCAUCGGUGUCGUCACUUAUGUCUUAUUAUGUGGUUACUCUCCCUUCCGUUCUGAAGAACUGAGUGAGUUGAUUAAAGAAACUAACAGAGGAAAGAUUGAGUUCCACGAAAGAUACUGGUCUAAAGUCAGCGAUCAUGCAAAGGACUUUGUUAAAGCUCUGUUGCAACCCGACCCAUCCAAAAGACUCACAGCUGAGCAAGCGCUCAACCACCAGUGGUUCAAAGAUCAAAAUCUCUCUGAACACGAUGUGAGUGAAGGUUUGCGGGAUGCAUUCAACAGUCGCGAGAAAUGGAGAAGCGCUAUUAGAGCAGUUACGGCCAUGUCUAGAUUUAGCAAGCUGGGUCAAAACGCUUCUGAAAGAGCUCAAGAAAAUUCCGAUGCGCAGAAUGGCUCUAUUGUCUCUCAAGAUUCUCAAGACUUCAAGAAAUUCGACUUCAGUUCUGAUCGUUCCUUGGACGCUUCAGUAGCAGCCAACGCAGCCAAUAGCAAACCUGCCAGUGAAGUCCACGAGGCAAAUGUGUCGGAUUAUGAAAGUGCCAGUGAGGAUUUUGCGACAUAA